AUGCCUCGUGCUAGACCAAGCGCACAAACAUUUAUAGUUGAACCUAAUGAAAUCUUAGAACCUGAAGUCAUUUUACUGGAGAACAGGACUUUUUUUGAAAUAGCCAGUGUUGGCGGAGAACCGAUGUCCGUUUUUAAAUGGCUAGCAAAGCGUAGACUCUUAAAAAAUAGUGUAUAUUGUAUGCAAUGCGGAAUUUCUUUUGGAUUAAAUGCAUACAAGAAUGCAACUGAUGCUUACCGCUGGUUUUGCAAAAACUGCAAAAAGCGACAGAGUGUUUGUGAUGGGUCGUUCUUUAGUAAGAGUAGACUACCACUUAGACAACUUCUGCUCUAUAUCUACAGCUGGAGGCAAAAUGCACCACAACAAGAUAUACAACAUGAAACAGAAAUUCACAGAUCUGCAACAUUAGCUGACUGGGGUAAUUUCUGCCGAGAUGUCUGCAAAGUUGACAUCAAAGGAAAUCCUCAAAUUAUAGGCGGAAUUAAAAUCGAUAGAACACCUAUUAUUGUUGAAAUCGACAAAUCCAAAUUUUUCCAUCUCGAGGUACCAGAUCGUACAUCUAGGACUCUUAAAGGGUUCAUCAUACAACAUAUUCUUCCUGGAUCACACAUUGUUUUAGAUGGUUGGGUGUCAUAUGCCGGUAUUGAGAAUAUUGGCGAAGGAAUAUAUUCUCAUGAAGUUAUAACACAUGAGCGACAUUUUGUCGAUCCUCAAAACAAUGAUAUCCACACUCAAAAUGUGGAAAACAUGUGGAUGAGGUUGGAACGUAAAAUAAGACAACAAUUCGGCACCUCCGAGACUCUUUUUGAAUCUCGUCUCCAUGAGUUUGUUUGGCGCCAAAGAUACAAAAACAACUCAAAGUUUUCAGCCUUUACUUAUUGUGUAAACCGACAGUAUCUUCGUGAAAUAUAG